UUAUUUUUACUUUCCGAUUGUCGUCGAGCCGCGGCGACGCGAGGUGAGCGGAGGGAGUUCGGCAGGCUCCAUUGCUCGCUGAGCCCGAGCUUCGCGAGGGGCCGCGUGAUGAACUUGACCGAGGCACGUGAUAAUAUCCGCUCACUUCUACGAUCACCCGUCGCGUUUCAUCGCCGGCGUCAUUCUCAUCCGGCCACCGGCAAGCUUCAAGGCUGAGGAACCUCGCUGUCAAAUAUCGUCCGAAUCGCUCGCAACCGCAGGAACGCUACGCCUCACCAGCUGGUGCACAGUGAUCCCCGUUUUGUGGAGUAAAUUGAAGCCAACAGCAUGGCGACUGAAGAGAAGGCGGCCACGUUUGGUGCAGCGGACUAUGCAGUGUUCACAGUGAUGCUUGUAGUGUCAUCGCUUAUUGGCAUUUACUAUCGGUUUACGGGUGACCGGCAGCGGACAGCACGCGAAUACUUAGUGGCAAACAAGAACAUGUCUGUGGUACCUGUGGCGUUCUCGCUCAUGGCAAGCUUCAUGUCCGCCGUUACGCUGCUGGGUGUGCCUUCAGAGAAUUACUUCUACGGCACCCAGUUUGUUGUUAUCAAUAUUGCUUACAUCUUUGGCACACCGAUCGCUGCCUACGUUUUUCUGCCUGUGUUCUACAAGCUUCAAGUCAUCAGUGUUUAUGAGUACUUGGAGAGAAGAUUUGGGAAGGCUACCCGUCUGACUAUGUCAGCUACAUUUGUUAUACAAAUGGUACUCUACAUGUCGGUCGUGUUGUAUGCACCAGCCGUGGCCCUGAGUGCUGUCACAGGCAUAUCAAAAUGGCUUUCUAUUAUCUCUGUAGGCUUGGUCUGCACGUUUUAUUGCACUAUUGGUGGCAUGAAGGCUGUUCUGUGGACUGACCUGUUCCAGUCAAUACUCAUGUUUCUUUCUAUGUUUGCUGUUGUUGGUGUGGGCACGUAUAACAUGGGUGGUGUCUACAAUGUCUGGAAUGAAGCACUCGCUGGAGGAAGAAUAGAGUUCUUAAACUUUGACCCCGACCCGACCGUGCGCCACACUGUAUGGACUCUGGCCAUUGGAGGCAUCUUUGUCUACGUGUCUCUCUAUGGCGUCAAUCAAGCGCAAGUUCAGCGGCUCAUGACGGUCAGCACGCUCAAGAAAGCACAGCUAGCUCUCUUCAUCAACUGGCCCAUUGUUUCAGCACUUAGUUUGGUUACGAGCUUUGCCGGUAUUGUGAUGUACGCAAACUUCAGACACUGUGAUCCGUUGUUGUCGGGCAAGAUUACCAAAACAGAUCAGGUGCUGCCCUAUUUUGUGAUGCUCAGUAUGGGAGGUGUGCAAGGACUCCCUGGGCUCUUUGUGGCUGGGAUUUUCAGUGGAGCUCUCAGCACGGUCUCGUCAGCUGUGAAUUCCUUGGCAGCUGUCUUGCUAGAGGACUUCGUGCGGCCCUUUUGCAUUUCCCAGAAGACCUACGACAAACACGCAUCACUCAUUCUCAAAGUUCUGGCUUUCUUCUUCGGCGUCCUGUGUGUACUGCUGACUGGUUUGGUAGAGCAACUGGGAGGCGUUCUGCAGGCAUCCUUCAUGAUCUUUGGAGUGGUGGGUGGACCACUGCUCGGAGUCUUCACACUGGGUUUGCUGUGCCGCAAAGCCAAUCAAGAGGCAGCACUGUGUGGUCUUGUUGCGGGUCUCGUGAUGGGCUUCUGGAUUGCAAUCGGGGCCACCGUAUAUGGUCUGAAACCCGAGAGCCUUCCUCUUCUUGACGAUGGCUGCCUGGUGUCUUCAGACGUCACAACUGCCUUUACAACCAUUGUGUCCUAUUUGUCAGAAAAUACAACCACAGCGGCGAUGAACAUCUCUACUGAAAGCAUAGUGUCGGACAAUGCUACAUCUGUAGGAGUCAUUGUUGGUGAUAGGUACAUAUUGCCUCUGUACCGCCUGUCGUACCAGUGGUACUGUGGCUUUGGCUGGCUGGUCGUCAUUGUCGUUGGCAGUGUAGUCGCAUUGCUGACGGGUGGUGCCAAGGACGUUGACCCUUGCUGCUUGAGCCCAUUGGUUACCAGGAAUUCCAGCUGUCGUCAGCGGUCGUGGUCACUGGGCAGGGUGCGACAUUCAUCUGUCGCAAGUUCACAGAUUCCCAUGACUGCGAUCAAAGAAUAGCAUCUCCCACAAACAGUGCCUCGCCCAAGCACCAGUAGAGAAGAAACUUGCAGCAGCGAGUCAAUGGUUUUAUUUUUCAUUCUCAUGAGGGCAGUGCUCAGAAUUCACCUUGGGGUGUGCCAUGUAUUCAUUUGGUGACUAAGAACACCCCUGUCAGAUUCUUUUAUCUGCUAUACAUGUUUUAUUAUUCUUGUAUAUACAUGAAGCUGCGGCACAGUGUCUAUGCCAUUUUUAAAGUAUUAAGACAUCGUCUCGCUCAGUUUCCUCCAUUAGUGUUUUAACUGGAAUAUGUGGCCUGUCCUGGUUACUUUUUUUUUUUUACCUUCAUUUUACUUCCUCGCCAUCAAACAUAAUAUUUCUUGUUAAUUUCUGUCAUAGGAAGCUUGUAGCGGUGGUUAUGUUUCAAUGUAGUGAAUGGACUACAGAUCUCAUAUUUUGUGGAAAUCCAAGGAGUGGUGUACAGAUCUGUGAAGCACGUAUAUUAAGGUGUGCUGGACAUAAAACUUAUCCAAGUCUUCCAUGCCAAGUUGCGUUCGAGGCCGAAGUGAUUCAAUGUAGUUUUUUUUAUCUUCUUUCCCUCCCUAGGCAACUCUUCUCCCCAUUAUUGCGGUCAGUAUGCAUUCUUUUGAGCAAACGCCGUCCUUAUUAUAGUCAGUGAUAUAGACAUAUGUAUUGGUGUGUAAACGAUUGUUGGUGCUGACUCGAAACUGUUGCUGGUCUUUAUGCUAAUGAUGAACUGCCUUAUAGAGGAAUGUAGAUGUGGAAUGUGUUAUAAGCCUGACUUUGGUUGUUGUUGGAGUUAACACUGUCAAGCGUAAGGUUUAAAAAAUGUUUCAAAGCUUCAGAAGCGAGGUCGUAAUGUUGUUCCUUUUCACACCUAGUGCUAAAAGAUGUUCGUAUUGCCCCUGGGCCUAGUUAUGCAAUUAUGUGAAAAGGAACCGUGCCAUUGUGUUCCCGGUGGUUUGCACGUUUGAGCCCAAAGAAUUGAUAAUGUAGAUGCUUGCUGAAAGUUACAGGAGGAAGUAGUCGUCACAGUAGCUUUAAGAACGUCCCAAGGACAUCUGAGAACCACAGGUGCUUGUAAUCCACAAUGAUGAGGUGGACUAGCUUAGAAGAGACAAGUGCAAUAGAACAGACCCUAAUAAAAUUAUGCAAGACAGGCUGGAUCUGGAACAAACAUUAUUAUUAUUUGCCACUCUUGUACUUUCUCUUUCCUCUUCAUUUUCCAGAUUUCCUUCACCUGGAUUUACACUAAACUUAAAUUUUGCAAGACACAAUGUCUUUGAAAACAAUAACCAAAGGUCUUUCCUGAAGUUACUGCGAUUCAGAAUGACAUUCAUUCAAGCAUCCCUCAGUGCACAGACCUGUUGUGAGAUGUUCUCAUUAACAAAUGAACAUCAUGACUUGAAGAAGUUUUCGGCAUUUCGUGAAAAAGAUACUUUGUUAAAAGGAGCACAUUUGAGGCAGAAGCUGCUCUUUGUCAUUCAAAAAGCUGUGUACAUGAUACUUGGCUGCAAUAUGCACAUAGGCAUAGUUCUGCUGCCGUCUUUUGAAAGGAGACCUUCGCGACGUAUGUGCGUAUGUUGCGGGAGAACGAACUAUGCCCCUCAGAUUACUGUCGCUGUCGGAAAUCGGAGUCCGAAACGGGUGCAGAUUCAUAAGUUAUUUUUACACAUUCCACCUAGAAGUAUACCUUCACCACAUAUUUGGGACAUUCUGUUACUUCUCUUUUUUUUUUUUUUGGAAGGAGCAUACUUUGAAAGUGCAAUAUGUUCUGUAGGUGAGAUUUCACUGUCUACACAUGCUCUUUUUUCAUUCUGACCCUUUUUAGAGUCAUGGUAUCACUUAUUGGUGAUAAGCUAAUGCUGGCACGAUGAAGAUUUCGUGUGUAUUCUAGCAGUGGUUUCUUGUGGGUGCCAAUUGUGUUAAGUAAUCUGCUGUAAAACACAUGUGCGGUUGUCAGCUGUGAUAAACUUUUGGCAUCGAGUAUUGUGAAAUCGACAUCACAUAAACACCAGUGGAUGUUCUCACGGAAAAACAAAAAAAGUGGGGGUCUUUUGUGUGGUAGGCCAUAUUAGCUGUUCUGUUGGUCUUCACUUUUUUGUUUUAAUUUUUAUUUCGUUUUAUCUUUCAUGUUGUGUUGUUUUAAAAGUUUAGACCUUUGCAAUGUUUUGGAAACACUGUGGUUCUCUUUCUCAUAGUGUUCACAUUGCCUGCAGCGCACAGAUGUUAAUUUUAAAUGUGCUCCUUUGGCUUUGCUCCAUGUUGGAGCACAGCUCCCCAUAGAAACACAGGGUGUAUGGACUUGCUCAGUUGUUGUUAUUGUUUGUGGCAGCUAUCACCACAGCAACCAUAUCAGUGUGUCUCAAUGCUUGAUUAUUUGUAAGGAUCAAACAUUGGGUAAUAUAGCCUGAGGUGUACAAUCAAGACUUCUUUAUCACGUGUAUUUUUAAGUGAUGUGCUUUCGAUCUUUAUUAAUGGGCUUGUGUGGAUUUUUUCAGUGGUUGUGAAGAUCCCAAAAUAAUCAUCACUAAUGUGUCAUUGAACAAAUGAACAAAAGUAAUGAAAUUAAGUUAUAGCACUUUAAAGCUACAGUAUUGUGCAUUUAUGUGCCCUAUUUUUACAAAUUUAUCAAAACAAUUUUAUUUGCACCAUUCCUGAAAACUAUGUGAUCAUUGUUAGCCGUCAUGCUGGUGCAAGUUAUUGCUUGUUACUCUAACAAUAUUGUUGGCUGACAAAUAUUGACUGACAAAUAUUGUUGUUCUGCAGCGAUAACUAUGAAGAAUAUAGCACCCUGUCACUUACUGGCAACGCAGUGCGUGUGGGUGCGUCAUUAUGUUUCAAGCCUCACAUUUAGUGUGUAAUGCUGUAGCAAACAAGUCGUGAAAGAGGAAACGUCACUAUCGUUAUUUGCCAUAUGUAGGGUGUCGCAUAGCUGAAACGUGUCGCAUAGCUGAAAAUACCUAGCUUCGGGAGCAAUGAAGGAAUUUUCUUAGGGCUUUUUCUUUGUUAGGCACAAAACCAAAUACUAAAUCCAUCAUCAAAUUAGGUCAAGGAAGGCCUUGGGAAUAUUCGUUGUUUUUAACUGCAGGGUAAUAAUUAUGAUGAAUUGUUACAAAUUUAAUUGAGCAAAAAAGCACCCUUUGUUUCCCACUGAUAGAAGGGACAAAUAAUGUUUCCUAUGCUUACCUUGGCUUGAUUGUUGGAAUCCUUUGAUUUGAUCUAGUUUGAGAAGGUAACCAGGCUAUGCUGAGCAUAGUAAUCCAUUUCGUAUAUCGUAAGCAGCUAUUAGUCAUCAGGAACAUGAUUUUAAACUGCACUUUAUGCAAAAGACAUGAGCAUGCCAUUUCAAACUUUUUAAUAUAUUAAUCAAGGUCUAUGAGGUUUUAAUUUCCAAUCCCAACUUGUGAAACCAUGAACACCAGAAGAGUUAUCACAAAAUGCUGCAGCUGUGAGAAUAUGUAGGCUGUGACACUAUGUUAUUGACACUACACUUCAUGGCCUAGCCCAGAUUUUGCCGUGUAGGAUUACAUGCUUGCCUGGCAAAUUGUACUGGUUCUGUAGAUAGCGGAAAUAGUCAACUGUGUUCCAGGAGGCAACUAAGCAGAUGUACUGAACCCAAAAAGUACCCAUGUAUAAAGAUGUCUGCUGCAAUUAAAAGAAUUUUCCUACACAAA